CCCAGAUGAAGUCCAUGGCUUGCUGGUUCUGGCCAUUCCGAACGAAACUCAGCCGUUUGGUCGUUCUUCAGUCCGCCGUCUUUGCCGCCGCCGUUAGCAACACCGCAGCUCGCAGACCCGUUUGCUAAGCGCAAACCACGUGCUCUCUAAAGCAUCUGAAACCUGCCAAAAUGCGGGCUUUCUCCUGUUUCGUGGCGGUCUGCGUGGCGACGCUCGGAGCGAAUGCCGAAUCAACUCUCAAGUCUUCUGCGUCCACGCCGGCAGCGACUUCCGAAGUCCCGAACCUCCAGGAGGAUGAAGCCGCAUUCCGGCAGGCCGUGGGAUCCUCGCUCAGUUCACUCGGUUUCUCGACAGGUGGGGGAUCUGCAGCCGCUCAGGGAUUCCAGUCGGGCGCGAGCAGCGGUUCCUACCAGCCCCCUUACAACGCGUUGAAUUCCGUUUACGGUAUCACCUACCAUGGCGACUACAACCAAUUGGCCAACUACCUCCAGCCUGGUAGUGCCGGUGGACCUCUCAAGCCGAACCAGAAAACCACUAUCUCGUCCCGAUUCAGGAACUUCAUGAACUCGUUGUUCUUCAGGCGCACCAACAAACAUCCCCCCGCAUUCCAUCAGCCCCCAUCAGGAAGCUUCGGUGGAUCCGGAUACCCAUCUUCGGCAUCGUUCCCGGGAUUCGGCUCGUCGGGCGUCGUUCCUAGCUCGUUUGGCGCCUUUCCCAGCUCCGGUCAGGCCCAGUACGAUUUCUCGACUCUCGUCGGAGCCUCUGGAACAGGCGGCUCUAAGGGAAGUUAUGGGCCUUUCUCUAGCGGCUCCGGGCUCGGAGGCUUGAGUUCGGUUUCGACCGCAACGGCUUUCGGCCCGUCUGUUGGUGGCGGAUCCGCUUACGGCUCAUCUGGAACUGGAUCCUCUUUCGGAUCAUCUGGGACCGGAUCCUCUUUCGGUUCGUCUGGGGCAGGAUCUCCUUACGGAAGCUCAGCGGGAUCCUUCACAGGAUCAUCCGCUUACUCCGGCUCUUCACCGAGCUUCAGCGCGAGCCAAGCCGGUUCGGCUUUCAACAGGUUCAGCGGAUCAUCAGCUUCAGGCUCAACGGGCAGCGGAGGAACUACGUACUUCCCCGGGGAGAACAGUCAACAUCAUUCCUCGAUCGGAUCUUCUUCUGUCUAUCAAAAUCCCGCUUUCGGCAAAGGAAUCGAUGAUUCCAAGAGCGACGAAGACAAGGACGGCAAGGACGACCAGGAAUAAGGAUCAGGACCAAAAGAGGAAAUAAUUUUCAUGAUGAUCAGAGAUUAUUUAAUUUGUACCCAGCGGUCCCGGAAACUCUCCGGUCGAAUGGCGGGAAUGAGGUUCGGAGAUCGAGAGUUUCUUGGACAGCGCAUCUUCUGCGUCUGCCGAAUCGGAGGGUUUCUAGAAUGGGGUUCUGAAAUGCAAGGCUUUAGGUACAGCAGUAGCGUGGUUUCGGAUUGCGGAGCUAGGGAUGAAAAUGGCGGUAAUAUUAGUACAUGUGAGCGGAGCCCAUUUAUUGAGUUCAAACUAGACAUUCAUUAAAAUAAUAUUCAGGACAGAUGGUUCUUCACACGGAUGGCUACAGAUAAAUUCCCCAGAAGGGCUUCGGAGACUUUGGAUAUCGAGCCCUGUCGGUAAUGAUGAUAUUUAUGUACAUACAGGUGCAUAAUGAUUAUUUUAAUGAAUACAAUAUAAUUUCUAAGUAUCAUCAAUAUGCCUUAUAUGAAGAAAUAUAUAGGAUGUAUGUGUAGAUACGAGAGUAGAUCCCGAGCAGCAGCGAUCGAUUCGACCACGGUCUUCCCGAAACUUUGGAAAUUGGACGGAGAAAUAAAGCAUCGCUCGUCA